AAAUGAAAGUGAAAGCUAGCCAGAAUCAAGCCUGAGCUGCCGUAGAAAAACACAUGCCUGUUCCUCCUGAAGACGAACUAAGUUCAUCUUUUCCUUCCAAACAACAGACUCUGAUUCUGAGUUCAGACAUGUCUUCUAGCAGCAACCUGCGGUCUGAGGAUCAGUUCCUGUGCUCCAUCUGUCUGGAUGUCUUCACUGAUCCAGUUAGCACACCAUGUGGACACAACUUCUGCAAAGCCUGCAUCACUCAGCACUGGGAUGUUAAUGUUCUCUAUAAGUGUCCUCUGUGCCAAGAGCAGUUCACUACUAGUUCUCAGCUUAGAGCAAACACCUUCAUCAACGAGAAGGUUUCUCAGUUCAGACGUGAAGCUCAGCAGGAAGCCAUCAGCAGCAGCAGCUCAGAGCAACAAGCUGCCAAACUAGGAGAAGUUCCCUGUGACGUCUGCACUGGAACCAAACUGAAGGCCCUGAAGUCCUGCCUGGUGUGUCUCCUCUCCUACUGUCAGACUCACCUGGAGCCUCAUCUGACAGCUCCACGUCUGAAGAAACAUCAGCUGAUGGAGCCUGUGGAGAACCUGGAGGACAGGAUGUGUCUGCAGCACGAUAAACCUCUGGAGCUGUUCUGUAGGACCGACCAGACAUGUGUCUGUUCGCUCUGUUCUGUUUUGGACCACAAGAACCACGAGGUUGUUCCUCUGAUAGAAGAAUUUGAAGAAAAAAAAGAAGGGCUGAGGAAGACAGAGGAUGAAGUUCAGAAGAUGAUCCAGAACAGACGAGUGAAGAUUCAGGAGAUCAAAGAGUCUGUGAAGAUCAGUAAAGAUGCUGCAGACAGAGAGAAAGCAGAAGGUGUUGAGGUCUUCACUGCUCUAAAGGAGUCUGCUGAGAGAGGCCUGAAGGAGCUCAUCAAGGAGAUCGAAGACAAACAGAAAACUGCAGAGAAACAGGCUGAAGACUUCAUCAAAGAUCUGGAACAGGAAAUCUCUGAGCUGAUGAAGAGGAGCUCUGAGGUGAAGCAGCUCUCCCAGUCUGAAGACCACCUCCACCUCCUCCAAAGCUUCUCCUCCCUGAAAGCUGCUCCACCCACCAAGAACUGGACAGAGGUCAGAGUCCGUCCGAAAUUAUACGAGGGGACUGUAGUGAGAGCUGUGACUCAGCUGGCGGAGAAACUUAGGAAUCAGAUGAUGAAGGCUGAGAUGAAGAGGGUCCAGCAGUCUGCAGUGGAUGUGACUCUGGAUCCUGAUACAGCUCAUCCUGACCUCAUCCUGUCUGAUGAUGGAAAACAGGUGAAAGAUGGAGAUGUAGAGAAAGAUCUACCAGACAAUCCAGAGAGAUUUUCCUUGUUUGCCAAUGUAUUAGGACGUCAGAGUUUCUCUUCAGGCAGUUUUUACUUUGAGGUUCAGGUUAAAGGAAAAACUGACUGGACCUUAGGAGUGGCCAGAGAGUCCAUCAACAGGAAGGGAAACAUCAUACUGAGACCUCUGGAUGGUUACUGGACUGUGGGUUUAAGAAAUGGAGAUGAGUACAAAGCUGCAGCUGGUCCUCCAGUCCGUCUCCAUCUCCAUUCUGGUCCUGAGAAGGUGGGGGUGUUUGUGGAUUAUGAGGAGGGUCUGGUCUCCUUCUAUGAUGUAGAUGCUGCAGCUCUGAUCUACUCCUUUACUGGCUGCUGCUUCACUCAGAAACUCUACCCAUUCUUUAGUCCGUCUCUUAAUCAUGGAGGUAAAAACUCUGCUCCUCUGAUCAUCUCUCCUCUUAAUCAGGCUGAUCUACAAGACGUUGUGUAAGAUCCAAAGUGAAUGUGUUUGGCAUUAUCAAAAGGCAACACACCUUAUGACUGAUAAUGUGUUUUGUAUUGAGUCACCUGAUCAAUUGUAUGUGUUAUUUAUUGGUUAACAAUGGCAGAGUAAAGAUCAAAGAAUUGUAAAUGAGGCAUUUAUCUUAAUGUGUUGAUACGUGUGCUGCAGAGUCGGAUUAAGUUCCUGUUAGGUAGCCACAGUACUUGCAUGAAGAAUGAAACAAAGCAUUGGAAAUGGCAACACAUCUACGAUGUGGUGCAUUGUCUGCUCAUAUCAACAAUUCUGUUUAGAAAAAAAACAUGCUUAGCGCUGACAGGAAUAUCUCAGACUUAUGGUUCAUUUUAGAGAAUUAUUUAGGUUUAUUUGGCUUGAGACAGCGAUUACUUGUUGAUCAUGUUAAAAACCUGUGGGCUAAUACAUGUUGGUGAGUGUUUAACAGCUGUAAUUAUUUUAAAAAAUAUAAAUUUGGAUGAGCAGUACUCUCUGGUAUAGAUAACAACCGAAAGUGUACGUUCUUCAGCUACAUGCAGCCACUUUAUUACAUUUAGAUGUCCUCAAUCUGCAGAUAUGUAGAAUAUAUUGGUGCAGCUAAAAUACAUAAAUUUUAAUCCAUAUUUGAUAUCCAUCUUUGACUUGAAGAGGAGGAAUAGGUUGCAGACUCACGUUUCCAGAAAAAGGUGUCUUUUAUUGAAUCUAGUCUGUGUGGGAUGUUCCAAUGGUUGUCUUGUUUGAUGGUGGUUGGACAGGGUUUACCCAGACUGCAAUUGUUCCUUGGUGAACGGAGAAGCUGACUGCCACUUAGAUUUC